CAGAUGCUGAAGUACAGCACAGUUGCUGGUAGCUGCGAGCACACACACAGCAGUCCUGGCAGCACCACUUGUGAGGACACCACUCAGACGAUAAAGCCACUGCAGCACAGCUAUGUUUCUGCCUCUCUUUGUCUUCAUUUUGCUGUGGGACGAGACAAGCUCUUGGGGAAUAAAAAACGGAAUACUACACAACUCCAUUUGGUUAGAACAAGCGGCAGGAGUUUAUCACAGAGAGUCACGGAAAGGACGAUACCAGCUCACCUUCAAGGAUGCCAAACAGCUCUGCAAGUAUGAGGGAGGCAACCUCGCAACAUACGAACAGCUAAUGUACGCCCAGAGGAUAGGGUUUCAUGUGUGCGCGGCUGGAUGGUUUGAUAAAGGCAAGGUUGGAUAUCCAAUAGUAAAAGCAGGGCCCAACUGUGGUUUUGGAAGAACUGGCAUUAUCGACUAUGGAUAUCGAAGCAAUAAAAGUGAACGAUGGGAUGCCUACUGCUACAAUCCUGACGGCAAAGAAUGUGGGGGUAUUCUCACUGAUCCGGAACGAGCAAUCAAGUCCCCAGGCUAUCCAGACGAAUAUGAAGACCAACAGAUCUGUUAUUGGCACAUCCGCCUUAAGUACGGCCAGCGCAUCAAACUAUCCUUUUUGGAGUUUGAUGUGGAAGAAGAUAUGUCUUGUUUGAGCGACUACCUUGAAAUUUACGACAGUUACGAUGACAUGCUAGGUUUUGUUGGCAGAUAUUGUGGAAAUGAAUUACCACCAAAGAUCAUCAGCACAGGCAACGUUAUGACUCUGAAGUUCUUGUCGGAUUCUUCAAUUACAGCAGGAGGUUUCCUACUUACGUACGUGGCUGUCAACCCACCAGCCAAUGGAACAAGUACAACUGACAUCGCAACGGAAAGGCCCUGAGCUCUUUGUUUUCAAAGAAUUUUGUUCAUUUCCAGAUAAAUGCUACAAGAUACUUUGGUUUCUCGAGCCAAACACUUAAAUCUGCUGUUCAGGGUUUUAGAUGUUAGGCUAGACACACUGUAUGCAACCUAGUUUUGUUACACAUUAUCUACUCUGAUAGAAAUUCUAAGUAUGAUUUCUAUGCCCUUAGCUUAUUGCCAUAAAAUCUGCAGUGCUUGCUGCUACCAAACACAGUGAUUAAUAUUAGCCUAUGGCACCUCCGUCACUCAAUUUGAUGAGAGCAGUAGACUGCAACAUAAAAUGUGAUAUGUUUAGACUGAGUAAAUGGAAACAUUUUAUUAUUUGGUGGGGAAAAGAGCAACUUGCAUAAAUCAAUGAUAUUAAGCAAAUAUUGUCAUUUCCAAAACACCAUUGUGUGCUCCCUAUAAAUCUGUGUUACUUGCUUCAAGUCUGUAAUAUUGCCCCAAGUAUGUUGUUGAGUACAACAGGAGGAUUGAGUGCGCUCCGG